AUGUCCGUGCGCGCCCAUUUCGUGGCCAGCCUUUUGUUGCUGGCUACGCUGCUGCUGCUACUGGCGGACGGGGGAUUAUUUUUCUGGAACGCGUAUCGACCCGCAGCAGCGACGGCGGUGGCUACGGUCGGGGUCGUUCCGGAACCGGUGGCGAGCUCGGCGAGCACAGUGCCAACCCCCCGCACCGGUGCUCACUCCUCGAUUCUGCUACUCUUUACCACCUACUUCGAUCUGCGGCUGCUGGAGGUGUCCGUGGAGCAGGGCGGCAAUCUGUCCUACACGAUGGACGUGCUGCUGAAGGACUUGAACGAAGCGUCAGCGAUGGAUUUCUACUACGAGCGGGGUCUGGUGUGCUGGACCGAGAACACGCACGAGGCCAUCAAGUGCGGCCGCACCAAUGGGACCGGCACGGUGACGAACAAGACGACUGUGAUAACCCACGGGCUGGACAAGCCCGAGGGCCUAGCGAUAGACUGGUACACGGAUAAGCUUUACUGGACGGACGGUGGCUCGAACCGGAUCGAGGUGGCCCAGCUUGUCACCAGCAGCAGCAGCAGCGUCGGCAGCACCGGCCGUCAGAUGCAACAGCAGCAGCUGCAGAAGGUGCUGAUCUGGAGCGAUCUCGAUCAGCCGCGAGCGAUCGCGCUGGUGCCGGAGCGACGCUACAUGAUCUGGACGGAUUGGGGCGAAAGCCCAAAGAUCGAGCGCGCCAGCAUGGACGGCGAUCCGCAGAGCCGUACGGUGCUAGUGAACGACCGCAUCUUCUGGCCGAACGGACUGGCGGUUGAUUUGGAGCGCGAGCUCAUCUACUGGGUGGACGGCAACCAGCGGUUUCUGGACGUGAUGGACCUCGAUGGGAGCAACCGGCGGACGCUGGUGCGCAACCUUGACUACCCGUACAGUCUGACGUUUACCGCGAGCUUCCUGUUUUGGACGGAUUGGAAGAACGGGACGCUCCACUACUACGACCUCGAAUCCGAGCGACACCGGGAGCUGCUCAGCAACACCCAGGUACCGAUCACGGUGCACGCCUGGGAUGCUCGGCUGCAACCGGUGGCACCGACCGCGGCCGGUAACCCCUGCCGGCGCAACAAUGGUAACUGUUCGCACCUGUGCCUACUGUCCACGAGCAGCACCGGUGGCGCCAGCAGCGGUUACAGUUGCGCCUGCCCGACCGGCAUCAAGCUCCUGACGGCGACCCAGUGUGCGGAUGGGCCCCAGGAUAUGCUGUUUGUGGUGCAGCGUUCGCAGAUCAACCGCAUCUCGCUCGAUUCGCCGGAUUACACCGUCGUGACGCUACCGGUCGGCAAGGUACGGUACGCCAUCGCCAUCGAUUACGAUCCGGUCGAGAGCUUCAUCUACUGGUCGGACAAGGAGGAGAGCGCCAUCAAGCGGGCGCCGGCCGAUGGAAGCGCACCGGCCGAGGAGAUCGUCACGGCCGAGAUACAGGACCCGGACGGGCUGGCGGUCGAUUGGUUGGCCCGCAAUCUCUACUGGACCGACACGGGCACCGAUCGGAUACAGGUGUGCCGGCUCGAUGGUUCCUUCCGGCGCGUGCUCAUCUACGACAACCUGGUCGAGCCGCGCGCCAUCGCACUGGCCCCGACGCUCGGGUGGAUGUUUUGGAGCGAUUGGGGUGAAAAGGAUCCCAAAAUCGAGCGUGCCUCGCUCGAUGGCACCGAGCGGGUACUGAUCGUGUCCCAGAACCUCUUCUGGCCCAACGGGAUCGCGCUCGACGUAGCAACACGCAAGAUCUACUGGUGUGACGCGAAAGCGGACAAGAUCGAGGUGGCCAACAUGGACGGUUCGGGCCGCAACACGAUCCUGUCCGACAAUCUGCCGCACGUAUUCGGGCUCAGUCUGCUCGGGGACCACCUGUACUGGACCGAUUGGCAGCGUCGGUCGAUCGAUCGGGCCCACAAGCUGACCGGCACGGAUCGGGCCACAAUCGGGGAGAACAUUGCCGAGCUGAUGGGCCUAAAAGUGGCCCGGUUGCACGAGCAGCGCGGCACGAACCCGUGCGCCGUGAAUAACGGGGGUUGCUCGCAGCUGUGCCUGAACCGUCCGCGGGACUACGUGUGCCGCUGCCAGCUCGACUACGAGCUGGGGCGUGACAAUCGGACGUGCUUUGUGCCGCCGGCGUUUCUGCUGUUCUCGAACCACGGCAGCAUCGGGCGGAUAUCGAUCGACAGCCACAACCACACGGACUACGCACCGUUCCGGAGCGUCAUCGAUGCGCACUACCUCGACGUGGACGUGGCCGAUCGACGGCUGUACUGGGUGAGCCAGAAGCAGAAGUACAUUUCGCGGGCCUACAUCAAUGGGUCGGACGUGCAGCGGAUCGUCGAAACGGGCCUGAUGCAACCGGAGGGUAUCGCGAUCGACUGGCUGGCGCACAACGUGUACUGGACCGAUGCCGACGCACGGCGGAUCGAGGUGGCCCGACUCGACGGCGGAAGCCGGCGAAUACUGAUCUGGAAGGGGAUCGAGGAACCGAAAAACCUCAUCCUGGAGCCACGCAAAGGGCUCAUGUACUGGACGGAGUGGCCCUCCGAUUCGAUUCGUCGCGCCGCAAUGGAUGGCAGCGAGCUGAUGACGAUCAUCUCGGCCACCUACCAUGCGAUCGGCCUCACGCUCGAUCCGGACACGCGCCGCCUAUACUGGGCCCGCCAAAGCUCGCCGACCGGGAUCGAGAGUGCCGAUUGGGACGGUAAGCGGCGCACGCGGCUCGUGAUGGCCGAGGCCGGCGAUAGUAACGGGUUCGUGCCGGCGGCCAUCACCAUCUACCAGGACUGGGUGUACUGGGCCGACUGGAACACGGGCGAGAUCGGGCGGGCGGACAAAAGCACCGGCGACAACCGGACGGUGGUGCACUCGAACCUGCGCUACACGUACUCGCUGCUGGCGUUCCACCCGGGCCGCCAGUCCGGUUCGAACCAGUGCCGGACGAACAACGGGGGCUGCACGCACCUCUGUCUGGCGCUCGGUCAGCGCAAGAUGACCUGUGCCUGCCCGACGCACUACACACUGAACGCGAACCGCGUCUCGUGCAGUCCGCCCCGGAACUACAUCAUCUUCAGUCAGCGCAACUCGUUCGGGCGCUUCGUACCGAACACGGUCGAUUCGCCCGACAUUCCGCUGCCGGUGACGGGCAAAAACAUCCGCGCCGUCGAAUACGACGUCCUGACGCGACACAUCUACUGGAUCGACGGUCGCGGUCCGGUCAUAAGACGUGCGUUCGACAAUGGCACCAACGCGAAGGUUUCGAUCAAUCCGACCUCGUCCCCGUUCGAUAUGGCGAUCGAUCCGAUCGGGCGGCUACUGUUUUGGAGCUGUUCACACACCAACACCAUCAACAUAACCACCUUGGAUGGCAACAUCGUCAGCAUCGGCAACGUGGACAUUGGCCGUACGGAGAAACCUCGCAGUCUCGCGCUGCAUCCGAUGAAACGGCUGCUCUUCUGGACCGACGUCGGCACGGCGCAGUCCAUUACGCGCGCCAAGCUGGACGGUUCGCAGCGGGUCGAGCUGAUCACGAAGCUGGAGGGCAUACAGGCGCUGGCCCUCGAUCCACAGUUGAAUCGGCUGUUCUACGCGCACGGCAAGCGCAUCGACACAAUGGACAUCAACGGGCAGGACGUGAGGACACUGGUAGCGGAACACAUCAGCAUGGUGUCGUCGAUUGCGGCCCUCGACGGGUUCAUCUACUGGCUGGACGAGCGGCCCGUGAUGGAGCGCAUCUCCGUGGUCGGGGACAAUCGGCGCGUGGAGAUACACAAAAACCCGCACAUGACGGACAUUGUGGCCGUUUGGACGCCGGAAGAGCGGACGCUGCGCAAUCACACGUGCAACACGGCGCGGGCCGAGUGUAGCCACAUCUGUAUCGAAGCGCCGGACGAUCUGCCGUCGGAGCACGUGUGCGCCUGCCCGCAGGGCCUGAUGCUGCUGAAGGACCGGCGGAGCUGCGGCGAGCAACCGAUCUGCGGUCCGGAUCACUUUACGUGUGCCGCCCCGAACGAGCUGUCCGAUCGGGAUGGCAACAAGGAGUGCAUUCCGUCGUCGUGGCGGUGCGACGGCCAGAAGGACUGCCCCGAUCGGUCGGACGAGAUGAACUGUCCGACGUGCCGGGGCGACCAGUUCAAGUGUCAGUCGGGCGAGUGCAUCGAGAAGCACUUGGUGUGCGACGGCACGACCCAGUGCCUGGAUGGGUACGACGAGGCCGUGUGCUGCAAACACCCGGAGGACUUCCAGUGUCCGACGAGCAAGGUGUGCAUCUCGUUCCACAACGUGUGCGACGGGGACGAGCACUGUGCGCGGGGCGAGGACGAAGCGCCGGAGAUCUGCAGCGAGUACAGCAACCGCCGGAUGGCGCCGAGCUCGAGCAAAAUCACGCUCCUGAUCGUGGUGGUGGUCGCCGUGGCCGUCGUGUUUGUGGUCGUGUACCUGCUGCAAACCUGCCGGACCCGGUUCGGGGCCGGUGGAGCCGGCGGCAUGGAACCGAAGGAGUGCGACCAAGCGGCCGCCCCCCUGUCACCCGGUGGUGCGCUCAACAAAAACAUCCGCGUCUCGAAGCUUGCCUCGGUGGCCGAAGCGGUCCGUAUGUCGACGCUGAACAGCCGGGCGAGCAAUGCCGUCAGCAGCAGCUACGACCGGAACCACAUCACGGGUGCCAGCAGCUCGACGACGAACGGGAGCAGUUUGAUCGGCUACCCGCUUAACCCGCCACCGUCACCGGCCACGACGGCCGGGUCGGCGGGCCGGUACUGCAGCAACUACCACCCUUACAAGCACUACCGGAUCAUCAACCAGCCGCCACCGCCGACGCCGUGCUCGACGGAUGCGUGCGACGAGAGCGAUUCGAACUACACGAGCAAAAGCAACCGCAGCCAACGGGGCGGCGGCCACGGAUCGGGGACCGGCGGCGGCACUAGCAGCUCGCUCGGGAGUGGCAGUGGCCGCCACGCACACACCGCCGGUGCCAGUGGUGGUGGUGUUGGUGGCGGAUCGGGUGGUGCCGGCGGGGCCACCGGGAAGUACAAAGACCGGUGCUACGAUCCGGAACCGUAUCCACCGCCACCGACGCCGCACUAUCACAGCGACAUCGGUGGAAUGCUGCCCGAGAGCUGCCCACCAUCGCCCAGUUCCCGCAGUUCGACGUACUUUUCCCCGCUGCCCCCGCCACCCUCGCCGGUCCCGUCACCGUCGCGCGGGUUCUCGUAG